AAUUUCGAUACUCUCUGUUUUCAAAAAAGAAAACACUCAGUAAUAUCUGAAGUAUUUUUAGGCAAUCGUGCAUCAGGAUUUUGGAAGAGAAUUGGACAAAAUAAAUGUGAAAAUAAGAAUGAAUGUCUUGAAGGAAAUAAUAUAUAAGAGGUUUUCCAUACAAACAGGAUUUAAUGAUGAAGAAACCCUCGUUUGCUUCAGAAAGGGAGCCCGUGUAUGGCUGCCCGAUCCCGAUGUGGUGUGGAGAGGGGCGGAGCUAUUGGAGGACUACAAAGAAGCUCCAUGUAAAAUAAAAGUGCAAUAUGAGGAAGGAGAGAUUUCUCCACAAGAUAUACAUCUCCACCGCAAACUUGCUGAGAAGGAAACGGAAGCUGUGAUAGACAUAAAAGACAAAACCAAACUGCCACACCUGAGGAACCCUGAUAUUCUCAUUGGUGAAAAUGAUCUGACAUCACUCAGUUAUUUAAAUGAGCCUGAAGUAUUAUACAACUUAAAAGUGAGAUUUGAGGAGAGAAACAUCAUUUAUACAUAUUGUGGAAUUGUGCUGGUUGCAAUAAAUCCCUAUGAACAGUUGGAUAUCUACAACAAUGACAUUAUACAGGCCUACAGUGGACAGGACAUGGGCGCCAUGGACCCACAUAUCUACGCUGUGGCGGAGGAGGCGUAUAAGAGAAUGUCAAGGUUUGAACAGAACCAGUCCAUCAUUGUGAGUGGAGAAUCUGGAGCCGGUAAAACUGUCUCUGCCAAAUAUGCCAUGAGAUAUUUUGCCAUGGUUGGUGGCUCGCAGACAGAAACACAAGUUGAAAAGAGAGUAUUAGCGUCUAACCCUAUCAUGGAGGCCAUAGGAAAUGCCAAAACUACUAGAAAUGAUAACAGUAGUAGAUUUGGAAAGUAUAUAGAAAUCAGCUUCAACAAACAGCACGAAAUUGUGGGGGCGAACAUGAGAACGUACCUUCUCGAGAAAUCUAGAGUUGUGUUUCAAGCUAAAGAUGAGAGAAACUACCAUGUAUUUUAUCAACUGUGUGCAUCAAGGGACAUUCCAGAAUUAAAGAAAUUUGGCUUGUUACCACCAGACAAGUUUUACUACACUAGUCAAGGCAAGAACCCAAUUAUAGAUGGAGUAGAUGAUGAAAAAGAAUAUAUGACAACAAAAGAAGCCAUGAAAAUGUUAGGUUUUGCGGAAAAAGACGUAAUGAUGAUAUUCCAGAUAUUUUCUGCUGUGUUACAUUUUGGGAACGUAAAAAUCAAUGAAAAAGAUGGCGAAAGUUCAGAAAUGGCAGCGAAGGAUCCAUCUAUCGCUAUAGCCUGUAAGUUGUUUGGUGUGGAUGAGAAGCAGAUGAGAACCUGGAUCUGUAACAAAAAAAUCACGACAGUCGGCGAGACUCUGACCAAGCCUCUCACAAUGGCGCAGGCAAGCUUUGCUCAGGAUGCCCUGUCAAAAUGUAUAUACUCAAAAUUGUUUGACUGGAUUGUGACUCAGAUCAACAAAGCUUUACACAGUCAGUCUAAAAUCCACAAGUUUAUAGGUGUCCUCGAUAUUUAUGGGUUUGAAACAUUCCAGAUAAACAGUUUUGAACAGUUUUGUAUCAACUAUGCCAAUGAGAAGCUACAACAGAUCUUCAAUAUGCAUGUGUUCAAACUAGAGCAAGAAGAGUAUGUGAAGGAAGCUAUAGAAUGGUCAUUUAUAGAUUACUAUGACAACCAACCAUGUAUUGAUCUGAUAGAGGCGAAACUUGGUAUACUCGACCUGUUAGAUGAAGAAUGCAAGUAUUUGUUGAGCUUCGCAUUCGGUCUUGUAAGAUAUUUCACAAACUGUCCGAUCCACCAAGCCGCUGGUUCACCAUGGAAACGUUCGAUCCUGUCAGCGAGGUCCAGCGGUAAGGCGAAAGGAAGAAAGUCAGGACGAGGGGAUAGUCGGUCUAUAAAUGAAAGCAUGGCAGAACAUAUGACAGAGAGAGAAAUAAGGAUGAGGAGGAGAGAAAUACUGCAAGAACAGUUGAGACUAGAGGAGGAGAAAAGAUUAAGAGAUUUGAAUAUGGAAAGAGAAAGACAAAGGAUAUACACUGAUGUGAAUAGAUUGCAGAGUCAAAGAGAACUGUUAUUAGUUCAAAGGAGGAAUCAGCAAAGACAUAUGGGAGUUAUACAUAGCUGUGACAUAACAAGGAAUGAAGCACCUGUGUUACAGGAUAGACAAGUCCAUACUUACGGCAGUGAUAAUGUAACUACAGGGAGGAAUAUAAAUGCUCCUGCUUCUCGUCAAUAUGCUGAAGGUGAAAACCUACCUACAACAGAACAAGAUAUUGAUGAAGGCAGUUACAUGGGCUAUGUAAAUACACAUGAAAGGUACCCGAGAGAACCCGAUAGUGAUAAUUUAAAUACAAGAAACGGUACAGCAAGUGAUAGAGCUGAAAUAGCAAAUAGGUCAAAUCCAACACAUGACAGAUCAAGCUUAGACUUAAGUUUAGAAACAGAAGUCCUAGAGGAACGACUAAGAGACUUACGAGGAGAGUCAGAGACAAGAUAUCACAGCCAAAUGCGUCAGAGUGCAUCAGUGACACAACAGAAAUAUCCUAUAGAAAGGAAUACAGAAAGGAGAAUAACUGAAAAUAGACACAGUUAUAUGCCACAACAUGAAGCUUCAGAAAUUCACCAUAUGUAUAAGCAAAUGCCUGAAGGGAUACAUAAUGUAGACACUUACACAUUAGAUAAGAGGUCAGAAAGUAAGAGACAUUCGAUUGGACAAGGAUUAGUAGCUACACAUGAAAGGCAACAGGACAUAGAUGAUCUUGAAUUCUUAGAUAGAAAAAUGGAUGAGAUAACAUUACUACCAAUUGAAACAAAGGUUAGAGGAGAACUUGGAAGUAAUGUUAAAGAUGAAGAGACAAUACAAGAAAGUUAUAAAGAGAAUGUGAUUACAGAGUCAGUGAAUAGAGAAAUUACAGAGAUAGAAAGGCGAAAGGCUGAAUUGAGAGAUCUUAUUGAAAUAGAAGAUCAAAAGCACAAACAGAUUCUACAAGAGGAGAAGAAACGCAUGGUUGAAUUAGACAGACAAAGAAUGAUGUUGGAUGAAUUAGUAAAGAGAGAAAAUGUUAUGAGGGAAAGAGAAAGGAAGCUACAAGAAGAGGAAAGAAAUAUUGAUAUGAGAUAUGAAAGGCUUAGGCUAGCUGAAGAGCAAAAGAAGAGAGAGGAUGAAAAUAGUAAAGAGAUAGCAAGAAUAGAAAGUGAAUUGAGAAGGAGAAAUGAGGAAUUAACAAAACGAGAGGCACAUUUACGAAAGAAGGAGGAGUUAUGGUCCAGAUAUGAGAAAACUAGUAGUCAUGAGAGGCCUGAAAAGGAAGUCAAGAAUGAAAAGGUCAUAAAGCCAAACAUCGACAAGCAAAACAAAGACAAGAUACAAGCUAAAACAAGCAAUGAAGACAAAGAUGAAAGGAAGAUUGCCACAGAAACUAUUGUACAGAUUAAACCAGAAAUCAGUCACUUUUCAGGGAACGAACCGAAACCAAAAGACGAAGUUACAUUAGAGGAAUGGAAGACAGAAAUUAGAUGUCUCUGUGCAACAAAGUUGUAUCAUGAAAAUAUCAUCGCACAAGCUGUACGGCAAUCGUUAAAAGGACAAGCCAGAAAAGUUCUCAUUAAUAUACCUCCAACAGCAACUCCUGAAGAAAUUAUCAGCAAGGUGGAAGACAUUUUUGGCGAUAUGUCUAGUAAGCAGACAAUCUUUACCCAGUUUUAUACAGCAGAGCAACAACCUAACGAGAGUAUCGUUGAAUGGGGACUAAGACUGGAAGAAAUGCUACAGUUAAUAGAAGCUAAAAGGAGUCUGACUAUAGAUGAGAGAAAUGAAAUGCUAAGAGACAAGUUUUGGAGGUCCUUACAGAGCAAAGAGUUGAAAAAUGCAACUAGACAUGCAUUUGAGAGUGGUGAAAAGUUUGAAGUUCUUAGACGAAAAGCUAGAGCAGAAGAACAUGAGAUGAAGCUAGACAAAACAAACACAAAUACAACUAUGUCAAAGAAGGAAGAACAUUUGAAAGCAGAAGAUAAACACACAGAGAUGUUACAAAGUAUGAUGAAAAAGAUGGAGGCACUUGAUUCAAAAAUUGAGGAAUAUAGAAAAGAAAGUCAAAGAAGAGAUUCACGUUCUGACUACAGAUACAAUAGAGGAGAUAGACGAGAAUAUCAACCAAGAGAUUACAAUAGAUAUGACGAUUCCAGGUAUAACCGCAGUAGACAUUUUGAUAGGCAAAACAGAAGCAAAGAAGAAAUUAAAAGCCCUAAAGAUGAUAACACAAAUGUGAAACAUAGGCUGGUAGGAAAAGCAAACGAACAUACCAUCAUUAUAGAAGGAAGUGAAGUUGAUGCUUUGAUAGAUACGGGUAGCCAAAAUGAUGACCAAGUUUAUGUUCCUGAGGAAUGGAAGUUAGCAUUUUCUUGCAUUGCUGAUUCUAAUGUUGGUAUCGUCAAAACAACAAAGAAGAUAACACUACAGCCAAAUGAGACCAGAACCAUCACCGGGUUUGUACGUAAGCAGCGUAAUGUAAGCGCAGCUGUUACAGAAUCGUUGAAUGAAAUCACUUCCAUAUCAGCAGCUAUUUGUCCUCGUGUGGUUUCUCUUGAAAAUCCUGGGAAAACGUCUCGUGUACCAGUUCGGUUGUGCAAUCUCAGUGCAAAGGUUCUGAACAUUCCUUUUAAAGCAGACAUCUGUCAACUCCAAGAGGUUCAAGUUCUUCGAUCUGCGUCUGUCUUCGAUGAUAAAUCUGCAUCUUCAUCUCAGUCAUCUACGUCUAUGUCUUCAUCGUGUACACCAUUGUCGCCGUUGUCAUUUCCGUCGUCCACAACUUCAACUUCUCCGUCGUCGCAUCAAGUAAACUUGGGUCAGCAAUCAUCACCUGAAAUAGAAAAUGAGAAUAAAAAUAAAAUAAACAUGAAAACACAAUAUGGCGUUGAUUUAGAAGAUUCGAACUUAUCAAAUGAACAAAAGAAGAAAGUUUACGAUCUGUUUCAAAAAUGGGAGUCUAUUUUUCCGAAGUCGUCUACAGAUUUAGGACACACGUCGGCUGUAAAGCACAAGAUAGAACUUACAGACAACAAGCCUUUUAAAGAACCAUACCGUCGUGUACCUCCUGGAUUAUUCAACGAAGUUAAACAACAUCUUCAGGAUAUGCUCGACGUUGGAGCAAUAUCACCGUCGAAUAGUCCUUGGUCUUCAAACGUCGUAAUUGUUCGUAAAAAGGACGGAUCUAUUCGAUUUUGUAUAGAUUUUCGCAAACUUAAUGAACGGACGAAAAAAGACACGUAUCCAAUUCCACGUAUUGAAGACACUCUUCAUCUACUUGCGGGAUCAAAAUACUUCUCUAAAUUAGACUUGAAAUCUGGAUACUGGCAAGUAGAAAUGCAGGAAGAGGACAAGGAGAAGACAGCAUUCCAAGUAUGGGGAGUCGGCUUUUAUCAGUGUAACAGGAUGCCGUUUGGCCUCUGUAAUGCGCCUGCUACCUUCCAACGGUUAAUGGAGCGUUGCAUGGGGGACCUAAAUCUGAAAGAUUGCCUCAUCUAUCUUGAUGACAUUAUCAUCUUCUCAGCCGACAUCGAAAAUCACAUCAAUAGGCUAGAUGCUGUAUUCCAACGACUAGCAGACAACAACCUGAAAAUAAACCCAAAGAAGUAUGCACAAUAUCUGCGGGAAAAGAGGGCAGCAACCACUAUACAGAAAUACUGGCGAGGGUACAAAACCAGGAAGUCUUUCAACAGAAUACAGACAGCUGUCGUCAGAUUACAGUCUGCCAUCAGAGGAUAUUUUGGCCGCAAAGACUUCAAGAGAAGAUUGUAUGAACAUAAAACGACGAUCAUCCAGGCAAGAGUGCGCUCGUACCUGGCUCGUAAACAGUACAAGAGAGUUAUAUACGGUAUUGUUAAGAUACAAGGACACUUUAAGAGAAGGAAGGCUAAGGCGGAACUCAGGCAGUUGAAGAUUGAGGCCAAGUCUAUGGACCACAUGAAGAAUGUCAACAAAGGUCUGGAGAAUAAGAUCAUAUCACUACAACAGCAACUUGAUAAUAAGAAAAAGGAGAGCACCGAUGUCAUUCAUAAACAAGUAGAGACGAUCAAACAGUUAGAGACGGAGAGAGAAAAGUUACUAAUCACAGCCACGGAAGGUACAAAGGCGUCUAACAAGGUUACCGAUCUGGAAGAGGAGCUAGCGAGACUGAGGAAAGAAUUGGAACAAGAACGGGGAGAGAAACAAGAUCUGAUCUCGGAGAAAGAGCUGUUGAAGAAUAAACAUGAACAGGAGGUUGGACAGCUUCAGUCAGAAAAUAUUAAAAUCAAAACCGAGCUGGACAAUGCAAACAGAAAACUCAAAGAACAGUCAAAAGUUGCUGCAGCUGCUGCGGGCGGAGACCAGCAGAAGUGGGAGGAUCAGAAGUUACAGUUCCUGUCAGACAUGGAGUCAGAGAGACAACACCAUCAACGACUAGUCAAAGAACAUAACCGUCUGCUGCAGAGAUUUGAGAACAUGCAGGGAGAAAUGCAGAUGUUAACAAGCCCUACAGGUCACAAAAGGACACCAUCAGAUAUCAGUAUGAUUAGUUUAGAAUCUGUUACAAGUUCUGUAUCCCCAGACGACAAGAAGGAAGAAGGGGAUGAGGGUGAGAAAGAGGACCAAGGUUAUGGCACUGAGAAGAAGAAACGACAAGCCCCGGCCCCACCAAGCGCUAGUAGCAUGGAGAAAGUGAUGAAAGAAGCUGGAGCAGAGAAAACAGAUAGAGAAAAACCACAGAAAGCGCCAGAAGCCAGUGUAGAUGUUGGUUUGAUGUUAAAACUACAAAAUAAAGUGAAAUCCUUGGAGAAAGAAAGGGACCAAUUAAGGGCUAAACUGGAUGCAAUUGAAGAGGAUGUGAAACAGGGGACUGGGGAUUUCAGUGAAUCCGCUUUCAAGACACUCAAGCAACAAAAGCGAAAUGGUGACGUUGAUUUGGAAAAAUCUGCGAUUAAAAGAACGAGUCUCCUUGUGGAGAGUAAAGCGUACGAUAGUUUGAAGGACAAUGCUUACUUUUGUCUGUCGAUGCAAGAGUUGGAGAACGAAAAUGACAAACUUAAACGAGAAGUUGCCAAACUCAUGGAAUCCAUCGCCAAAACUACAAAUUUCAACAAGGGCAGUAAAACCACCGCAGCGGGCAAAGAAUUCUUAGGAAAAUCAGGUCAUAGAGUGAGUUUUCGUCGUCAUAAAUCUGAGGAUCCUACAAAAGUUAUUUCUGAUCAGUUUGAAGCCAUGACGGAUGAGCUAGAGCGCCGACGAGAGGAAUGUUUACAGUUACGAGCGUUGCUGGCCGAGAAAAGUAUCUCCACACAUUCCAUAGCCAAACAGUCUUACGGUGGCCAGGACAAUAUUGUUAAUGAGGACAAUGAGUUGACGAUGGCGUACAAGUCACAGCGAGACAUUAUCAGUGGAUUGAAGUGUUCUAACAAGAUGGCACACAUUGAGGAUAUUUGGAAAAAACUGGAAAAGCCUAAACCGAAAGGAAUGACUAGAAACUUGAGUUUGAGGGAGAACGUAAUUCAUGAAAAUAUUGAACAUUCCUAUAACAAUGGAUUUAAACAUUUGGAACAAUCCUCAAUUGAACAGAACGGAAUUGUGCAAUUUGAAGUACCUUCUGAUGAUACGUUUGAGCCAGGUGAUGCAUAUGAUGAUAAUUAUGAUGAUCCAUUUGAAAUGUCCGAUAAUAGUGGUUACGACAAAGAAGUGGAAAUAAUAAAUCUGAAUAACCGAGUGUCCCGAGAGUUUAGCUUGUCCCAGUAUGAUGUAAAUGUGAGACAGUUCCAGCAUGGCUUUCAGAUUCAUAGUCAUAGAGAUGAUGAUCCUGACAAUGGAGAUAUUUCUCCUACGGAAGACUACGAAGAUGACUUCGAAGAAAGCGAUCACAAUGGUGAGGAUAUUGAUGAUGAAUAUCAUUCUGAAGGUGAUGAAGUGAUUGUAAAUGGUAUGACAAACGAGAUUUAUUAUCAAGGGGAGGUUACUCGUAACGAAGAUACAGGAUCAGGUCAUGUGAUCUGUGACUGCGAGGACUGCAUCAAUCAGGCUGAAGCAGUUGAUUGCCAGUGUGAAAAUUGUGUUCAAACAAGGGACAGAACUAUUGAGGUAUCUCUAUCCCCUGAACCAAGGGAGGUCACUUGUUAUUGUGAAGAUUGUGUCACACAUUGGAAAGAUCCAAACUAUUCUUGUAACUGUGAGCAUUGCAUGUUUGACAGAGAAAAUAGACUUACUCUUAACAAUAAUCAGGCUAAACAAAAAUGUAUCUGUGCGGAAUGUGUAGCACAGACUGGGCGUAAAACUGAUUUGUGCAAUUGUGAGAAAUGCAACCAGUCUGCUGUCUGGUCACAUGAUCACCCAGAUAUUAGAAGUCAAAGGUCACCACCCCAGGGGUCUUCUCAAGAAUAUCAUCACCUUGACCUUAAACUUCAGGAUGAGCACCAGUCAGACAAAAGCUUUGAUUCAGGAACAGAACAUUCCUACAGGUCCAGCAGAAGUAAGGGAAGCUACUCUGACACUUCAAAUAGAACCAGGGGAAGUCACUCUGAUUAUUCUAGCAUUCACAAGGGGAGUGAUGAAAACAUCUUAUCAAAACAAUUGGGCAGUGUGCAAUUAAAUGAUUCAAAUGAAGUUCAUGAUGAUGAAUAUCUAAACAGCCGUGAGUUAGUUAAACAUGAUUACAACUUGUGUUCAGAUAAAAAUUGCAUAAAAUGUAUUAAACUUGGACAUGGCAAGGGAGAUAAUUUACACUUACACGAAAAUGGAGUAGCAGACGUCAGUUUUGAAGCUGAUGAGAAUUGUCAGUGUGAAGAUUGUCAGCCGUCAGUGCCAGAGAGACAUCUAAUGUCUUCACUAUUACACGAGGACAUAACUCCAUUAUUAGAAAACCAGUUACAGAAAGCCGAGGGUGAGCUGAAAAAGAAGACGGGAGAGUAUGAUGCAGAAAUCAAAGAACUUCGUAAAGAGAAUGACAAACAACAUAAACUUAUUCAACAGUGUUUGAAAUGCAGACAUAAAAGGAGUCUGUCGCUCACAUCAGACGCUAAGAUUGAGGCUACAAUGCAACAUGAGAUUACAAGGCUUACUGCUGAAAACUUGGAUUUGAGAGAAGUUAUAGACAAGCAAGCAGAUCAGAUACGAAAGUUGAAGAAGAUGUUAAAGAUUUAUGCAAAGAGAAUGAAAGAUGGGGAAGCUGCGGAGAUUCAAGCCGAGCUGGAGAGAGAAGAGACAAAGAGCGUGGAGAACGUGGCACAGAUUAAACACCGAGAGAGGAACUACCUCGGCAUGUUAGAAUAUAAGAAAGAAGACGAGACGCCACUCAUCAAAGUCCUUAUCUUAGAUUUGAAGCCAAAAGUUGCAUCUGGUUUCUUGCCCGGUCUACCAGCUUACCUGUUAUUUAUGUGUGUACGGCAGACAGACUACGUAAAUGACGAUGAAAAAGUACGAUCCUUCCUCACCAGUACUAUCAAUGGUAUCAAGAAAGUUGUCAAGAAACAUCAUGAUGACAUAGAGAGGGUCACAUUGUGGUUAGCAAACACAUGUCGCUUCUUGCACACGUUAAAACAAUACAGCGGAGAGAAACAGUUCCAAACGGAGAACACGCCAAGACAAAAUGAACACUGUCUAAGAAACUUUGACCUAGCGGAGUAUAGACAAGUGUUCAGUGACUUAGCGGUGUGGAUUUACCAAACUUUGAUCAAAUUAUUGGAAGCCACAAUUCAGCCUUCAAUUGUGUCUGCAGUAUUAGAACAUGAAGCUAUAGCAGGCCUUACUGGGAGCAAACCCAGCGGACUGAGAGGCCGCAGCAGUAGUAGAGCCGAAGAUACACCCGAGCACUCCCUAGAUACACUCAUGAAAUCUAUGAACAUGUUUGUGCGAGUGUUAACCCAGCAUGCUGUUGAUCCGGAACUUACCAAGCAGAUAUUCCGCCAACUGUAUUAUUUCCUCGGUGCAAGCGCACUCAAUAAUCUACUGCUGAGGAAGGAUAUGUGUAACUGGUCUAAAGGCAUGCAAAUCAGGUAUAAUCUUUCCCACCUGGAACAGUGGUUACGUGAUAAUAAACUACAGGAAUCGGGGGCGGGUAGUACACUAGAACCAAUCGUACAGGCAUCUCAACUUCUCCAGGCGAGAAAGACGGAUGCCGACGUGGAAAGUGUGUAUGAAAUGUGCUCCAAACUUACUGCACCUCAGAUUGUGAAGAUACUGAACUUGUAUACACCGGUAGACGAAUUCGAGGAACGAGUGCCAAUAUCAUUUAUACGCAAAAUUCAACAAAAGUUGAAAGAAAGGGAUCACAGGGACACUUCCCUCUUGAUGGACUUAAAGUUUUCAUACUCAGUGACUUUCCCAUUCAAUCCUUCCAGAAUAUCGCUAGAAAGUAUAGAGGUUCCAGAACAGUUACAUUUAGGAAACCUGGUGACUAGAUCAUAGAAUAUGUUCCCAUGAGGAGAGUAAUAAUCAAGUGCAUCUACUUAAUUUGAUUAGAAGAAUGGAAUUUUCAAACUAUGAAUGUAUGAAAAUCAAGAAGGACCGUUUUUGGUUUUCUAGUGAUUUACUGUUGUAGCAGUGUGAGUUGUGCAUUGUUUUUUCUUAUUUGUUAAGUUUAAACUAACAUAAAUUAUGCAACCUGUUUUGUUUUUUUUCGAAUUUGGAACUACUUUAUUUAUACAGAAAUAAUUGAUGAAUACAAAUACUGUGAUAUUAAGAGAUAUAUCCUGAGAAUUAAAUGAGAUACGUUCCUGCAAAUAACAAUUACAAAAAUUAUACCUCGCUGGAAUUUUUGAAAAAAAAUCAUUUAAAAUGAAUGACAGAAUUGUAUUCUAGUAUUUUGUACAUACUUGUGUGGCAAGCAAUAGAGCUUUUUUAUAAUCUUGUGCAGUUAGAGGGAGGUUUCAUCUCCAUUCCCAUACAAAUGUUAUAGUUCUAGAAAAAGACUGACAGUUGUUACAUUAUAAAGUCUGUUACAGAUAAUAAAAUUAGGCAUUUGAAAAUGGUUAAAACGAAGAAAGGAGAACUAAAUUUUAGAGAGGUAUGGCUCCAGAUUAGUCAUUUUGUAGUUAAUAAAAAGGAGAAACAAAGCAAGUCAUUGUGUGUUGUAUAGCAUAUAUUUAAAAACACUUGUAGCCUGUACAGUGCAUAGAACUGUGUGUAUAACAGCUGUCUAUGUUAGUAGACAUACAGUAAAAGGCUGUUGUAUAACAAAAGGAAUUUUGAUGUUCUUCAUGUCAUACAUGUAAAAUGUCAACUUAAGUAACAAUGAUUUUUGAUAUUUUACAGAUGUUACAAUUUGCUUCAAAAUUUACGACCUAGAUAAUUGUCACGAGGCAUGUCCCUUUAAAGAAGUGGAGAAUUUCUAUCAAUUUUAGUGUAGUACCUAAUAUCUGGGCUGUAUUGAAACAUGUAACAUUCCAUGAAUGUGAUAAAUACUAUAAUAAUUUAGCUCUAUGUUAUUUGAAUGAUAUUCCAAAAACAGCAUAUCUGCAAAUAAUGACAUGAUUCCAAAUAUGUGAUAAAUGUACUAAAAGUAUGGUAGCUCUAGGUUACUUCAAAGAUGUACCAAAAGAGAAUGAGUGAAUUGUAAAUUGUCAUCAAGUGAUCAUUCGUUACCAUAGGUAUACUUUAUGAGAUAUUCGAAUAGAUGCAUUUACCCCAGUAAGGUGCUUUUUUUCAUAUUGUAUAGGCAGAUAUUUUCACAAAGCGUGAUUUCUGUAAUGCUUGGAACAUAUUCUUCAAGGUUCUGAAGGGGCACCUGAGGUUGAGUGGAUAAGGUUAACUGAAUCAUGUCUACAUCUUAGACUUUGAAAAUUUGAUUGAAAUGGGCUCAUGCCUACAAUUUAGAUUUUGAACACCCAGGUGUACAUGUUGAGCAUAGAACAUUGACAGAUGUUAAUUAGAUUAGAUAUCAGCUAUACUGCCUGUUGCAAGAACGAUGUAGACAGUGUUUAUUUACGUGUUACAGGGCCUCCACUGCCAUUUGCCAGUGUAGCCAAAUGCUACAAAUUCAAAGAACUGGCUGCAGAUUUUUGAAAGUAGCUACAAGAAUUUUGUUAAAAUGUGGCCAAAUUUCAGCAAUUCAACUUCAAUUUGGCAGUUUCUCUAAAAAGGAGGCUACAACUUCCGGAGGCCCAGUGGAGGCCCUGGUGUAAAUAUAUGCAAGGUUAAAUAGGCUGGAAAUUUAUUAGCUAAUGUAUAGUUUUAUGUUCGGAUGACAAGAGCUUUAUGAAAAUAUCUGAUUAUAUAUUCAUGUAUAAUAAUCUUUGUACAUUCCCAGUAUAUACUUGUCUCAUUUUAAUAUUUGUAAAUAAUAUAUUAAAUGCAUUGUAUGCAUUUUAAGAUUGCUAUUUAUGAGAUGAAAAAUAAAUGCUGACAAAAUAUUCACAUACAAUUUUUUGUGCAUGCUUUUUAUGAAAAUUAGUUAAGCAGGAAACUUCAUAAAUGGCCAGAGGUCUAAAUCUGAGGAAUGCAUCGUCUUUUUAACAAAAUGACAUCAAGGCUUUCUCAAAACCAAAUAGCCUUCUUUCCUAAAUGGCAUAACAAAAAAGCUGAAUGACGCUUUCCAUAUUUCAAAAAUGGCUGAAUGAAAUUUUCAGAAUUUCCAAAUGGCUGAAUAAAAUUUUGUGGUAUAUCAAAAAUUGGUGAACGAAAAUUUUUGUAUGUCCAAAAUGGCUGAAUGAAAAAUUUUAUUUUUCAAAAGUGGCGGUAUUAAAUAUUCUAUAAUUCCAAAAUGGCUUUAUGAAGUGCUAAUUUCACUGAAAGUUUCUCUGUAAAGUUUCUGAUGCCAUUUUAUGUGUAAUUUUGAAAUUUCCAUUUCCAAAAAUGAAUUUUCGUCAUCACAUACAGGUUACUGUUAAUUCCACAAGAAGUCAGUGGACAGGAUUUUCUUUCGAAGCAUUAAGUUUUUCCUAAAAUUUGACAUCCCAUGGGUUAGUCUGUUCUAACUCCUGCCAUAGGUAACACCCACUGUUUGAAGUGAAGACAUAUUAUUAGGAGUCAAGAAUGGGGAACAUCUUAUAAGGGUGUACUACAAGGCAAUUAAAAGCAAAAGAAACGCCGUAUUGCAUGUCCGAUUUAGAGGUGCGUCUUAUAAGCGAGUUCGCCUUAUAAGCGAAUGUAUAUGGUAAGCAUACUACAGCACACUGAAAAUUUGUUAUAAGUCAGUAAAGAAAUAUAUACCGGUGUGUAUCAUUAUGUGUAAGGGACUUUGGGGAUUGUAAUCUGAGACUAAACUUAUCAGUACCCCACCCAUACCCCUCGAUUCCGAGUGCACAAUGACACCAGCAGGUAAAACUGUUUUAUAGAUUUUUUGAAUCUGUAUGUCAUUAAAGUUAAUCAGUUUUCUUUUAUCUAGUGUCAGUGAAAUGUUUGGUUGUUACAUGUAUAAAGAUAUCAUUCUUAAACCUUUAUACCUUUGUUAUAUAUCUUUUUUUUCUUACUAUGAAAGCUUGUUAUUUAUACAUGGAGUAGAACUACAAGGAAUGGACGUAUGAAAUGUUGGAUGGUUUACACAUAGAGUACCCUAGUCACCUGCAACCCUUUGCGUUAUAGUAUUAUGUGAGGUAGAUAGCUUUUAGAAUUUUUUUUUUAUUUUGGUGCACCCUAGCAUAGAUUGAUCACAGAUCAUUUAUUAAUGUACUAAAACUUCUUAAAAGAACCACAACAUUUCAAGUGUCACAAAUUGUAAGAUGAACUUGAAUACAAUGGUUAUUUCACCAAAGUUUUUGUAAAAUUCAAAAUGAAAUAUGGCCUACUAGUGAAGUUUUAUUCAAAUGGUAAAUUCUUGCGCGUUAUCUUUUCUCCGUGCCAUAAAGUUAUAUUCUGGAAACAUUUUCAGAUUGGCUAUGACUUCUACAAACUUUAAUCUCUGAAAGUGUUAUGUACUUCAAUUUGAUUGGCUCAUGCUAUGAUUAUAUAUUGGACACUAGCAGCACAAUUUCCUCUUGCCCUGUGACACAUUCCAAAGAAUUCCAUUUUAAAUAAAAAUCAACAAAAAGGUUUACUACAUGUAACUACACUGUACGUGCACUAUUCAAGGCAAACACUUAUGAGCCACGCUAUGAGAAAACUAACUUAAUGCGUUUGCCACCAGCAUGGAUCCAAACCAGUCUGGUCAGGAUCCACGCUGUUUGCUUUCAAAGCCUAUUGCAAUUAGAAAACAGCAUGGAUCUGCCCAGUCUGGUCUGGAUCCAUGCUGGUUGCAAAGCUGCUAUGUUGGUUUUCCCAUGGCGUGGCACAUUUAAAGUUAAAUUUAGCUACUGGUUAUAUUAUUUGAAAACAGUUUGUUGCAUUUCAUGUGCCUUUUUGCACGCUUUAUAGAAUCAAAGAUAUUUUUGCGAAAUCAAAACUUGCGCUUAUUUUGACAAUUAGAUUUAGUUAGUAUACCAUAUACACAUGUAAUAUAAAGCAUAACAGUUGAAUGUUUAGUUAAAAAUUACCAUAUAUACUCACCCAUAAGUCUGUCUCAUUCACUGUCUCGUCCAUAAGUCGUUACAUAAUAAGGGUCCCUGCCUUCGAGAAGUUAGGUUUAUUCUUUGUAUGGAUAACAUAUAUGGAACUUUUAAGGUUAGUUUUGUUAAGAGAUUAACCUUUUGACUUACAGAAAAUAAAGACAGAAUGGAUUAGUUUUGUUUUUUCUGCUAAAGGUCAUUUUCCUUAAAUUGGAGAUAAUAGACGCAUUAUAUUCUUGAUUUAAGAAAUAAUUUAUAGCAAAAGAGUGCUUUAACACUAUUUAUGCAUGAUGGGUGGUUAUACGUCGGGCGUAAUAAUUUCACGAGGGUGCAGCGCAAUUGAAAUUAUUUGAACGACGUAUCACCACCCGAGUGUAUAAAUAGUGUUAAAACACGUUUGUGUUAUAAAUUAUUUUGAUUCUUAUAUGCUCUUAAUCUAAAACAGUAGAUAAAAUAUAGAAGCGCUCUUUCUUGGUCGCAACAAAAACUUUGACGUCACCGCACGUUAAUGUGACGUCAUUCUAGCGUAAAAGUGCUUUUAACAGAGGCAAGCAUAUUAGAAUUACUGUUAAAAUGAACAUUUGAUACAUUUUACAAUAGAGAUAAAUAAAUUUUAAGAGAUUUAUGCAAACAUAUAUUGUUGCAAUUUGCAGUGGGUAUGAUUUAAAAAGUUUGUUUUAACUUUUUCUACAUUACUCAUACCUUUUUAUAUAGUUUCAAAAUUUUUUGACAAAGAUUUUUUUUUUUACGCGUUAGUACCAGUAAUUAGGCAUUUUUAUAAGUAUUUGUUUCGAAUCAUCUUGCUAUUUCUACAUACAAUAUGUGUGAGUAUGUAUCUUGGAAUGUCCAGCAUUGAAUGUAUAUACACUAAGCAAUUUCCGAGUACUUGAUACAGUUUGGCAGCACAACUUUUAAUUCUAGGGUAAUACUGUUAUGUAUUUUGAUAGCAGGAAUUUUGAUAGCAGGAAAGGUGACUUAUGAGUGAGAAUUUCGGGCAUUUUAAUGAACAUUAAAAAUCUUAUGUUCUAGGUCAGUCAGUAGCAUUUGAAUAUUUUAUGAUGUUUAACCCUUACCAUGUCGGACACGACUGGUUCUGCCUUUGCGACCAGUGUAGAUCAUGAUCAGCCUGCACAUCCAUGCAGUCUGAUCAAAAUCUGCACUGUUUGCCAUUCUGUCAGUAUCUGUUUUGUAUGAACCCCUUUUAACAGCUAAUGGUACGGUCCAAAUUGGAAGACAGACAAGUUCAUUAUAGAAAUUUAGUAGGGUAAGGGUUAAAUGAAAAGUUAAAUGAAAAGUAAACAUUUGUUUCUGGAAAUUGUUGAAAUAUUUCAUGUUAUUUUUUAGUUACUGUAAAGUAAUAAUUGAGCUGUGCCAUGGGAAAGCCAACAUAGUGGCUUUAUGACCAACAUGGAUCCAGACCAGCCUGUGCAUCUGCAGUCUGGUCAGGAUCCAUGCUGUUCGCUUUCAAAGCCUAUUGCAAUUACAGAAACUGUAAGAGAACAGCAUGGAUCCUGAAAAGACUGCGCGGAUACGCAGGCUGGUCUGGAUAUAUGCUGGUCGCAAAUGCACUGAGUAGGUUUUCUCAUGACACGGCGCCUAUUUACAGUUUUUGCAAUUAAGGCUUUCUACAUCAAAGAUAUAAAUUCUAAACAUGUUAUAAUUGCAUUAUAAAAAGGUCUGUUCUGCCGUUAUUUUAUGUCGUUGUUUUUUUUAAAUCUAUGGUUACAUUGUUGAGCCUGGUAUUUCUAAAUGACUAAUCAUUUGAGAUUAAGGUAGUUCUGCUCGUAACGUCACUUGUCCGGAAAACGUAGAAUUAAGCUUGGAUUCAGCGUACGGAAAUGAAAAUCAGUUUAUGAAUUAAUAGCAAGCUAUGAGUUAAUUUAUUAAAGUGGCACAGUUACUGUAUUUCUAAAAUUAAAAUAUCUUAGUAAAACAUGUGACACGUUAAAUAAUUCAAAAUAAUGUCUUAAAAUUCGCUUGAAAUAGGCGGUUCACUUUAAUCAUGGCCAAAUACCACAAAAAUAAGCACACGGGCCUAUACACUUUAUUUCACCAUAUUAUAGGCCAUAUGUUUAUUUACCACUGUGAGAGGUUUCAUUAAAAUCUACAUUUUAGAAAAAAAACAAUUCGCGAAAAUGUUAUGAAAGUUGCGAUUUUCUUAGUGUAUUUCGAAGUUUUGAAAAAUCAAAGUUUAAUCAAAUUCUACAUUGUAGAAAAAAUUUCGAUCCAAACGUGCAGAACCACCUUAAAAUAGAGCGUAAUAUAAAUGUCUAUUCUACAAAAGAAACUUCUGAAAUAUAAAUGGCCGUUUGUUGUCAGGUAUUCAACUCUGUUUCUAUUGUAAAAAUGUCAUACACUUUUACGCAUCAUUAUUAAAAUAAACGUAAUAAUUAUAAAUAAUAUGCCACAUUUAAGGUGUAAAGUUUUAAAAAAAAAGUAGAGAAAUAAUGACUGUAGAAUCUAAGGCUGUUAUAUUUAGUGACAGAAUUUUUUUUGUUCAUAUGACCGGACUAAUUGCUAUUGACCUAUUAUUUAGUAACCGUCUUUUAAGAGAUGAGAAAUUGUGCAUGUCAUAUGUUAACUUAUUUUACAUAGUAUGUUGUGUCACAAUGAACUGAGUUAUGAAUUAUAUACUAUUGUUAUACAUGCUGGAUUUUUUAAAGACUGAAUUAUUUAUUAAUGUUAUUUGAUCGAUUAUAAGCAAGAUAUUUUUUGUUGCUGAUGGACUUUUAAAUAAAGGCUGUCUAAAGAUAGCUAAUUUGA